UGCACACAUUUCCUGUUGAAUAGUUAGACUUCGACUCAACCUGGAGUGACACUGACUGUCAGCAUGUCUGCUGUCUGCCUCUUCAUUCUCAUCCUUUGUCUCUAUGGCACAGCUAGGACUGCUGCAGAUGGUUAUGAGGUGAUACGGAAAAAAGUUGGACAGCAAGUCACCAUCCAGUGCAGAAGUGCUUCCAAUCAGGAGAUGCUGUAUUUGAAGAGAGGCCUCAAUGAGGAGGAGGACAUUUUUUGUUUGACAUUACAAAAAUCUACUAUUAACCAAAAAUUUACUGACAGACUUCAGUUUCAUGGGCCAUUCCCCAAUGUGGAUAUUCUCCUCAAAAACUUGACCCUGGAUGAUACAGGACCAUACUGGUGCGUGUACAAAGUGAGCAGCAACUAUGAGCUCAAAACCUCAAGAGGCAAUGGGUCUGUGCUGCUGGUGGUGACAGAAAGCGGACCAGCACCAAGUCCACGGCCUGUGUGCACUGGGCAGUCCCAGGGUGACCUGGUCCUGGUCUCUGUGGUCAUCUGUGCUGCUGUGCUCAUUGUCGUCCUCACGGUCUUCCUCAUAUGGAUCAUCAUCAAGACCAAGCCCUUGCGCAGCACAGUGAAAAAAAGACAAGUCCCGGUCAACGAUGUUUAUGAGGAUAUGCGCGGCACAAUCAGGCGCUGAAGAGUCGACGCCAAACUCCGUGAACUCUCGGCACCACUGUGGUGUAAGCUCGGUCUGUUCUCACGCUUCAUGCCCUGUGUGGGUGUCUGUUAAAGAGCAACAGUGAGGUAAAAUGGUGCAACACAAAAACACUUGCUCUGUAGAUUAUUUGUAAUCUUUAUAAGAGGAUUGUCAACAUUGAGGCUUGUCAGUGGUAUUUUGGGAUGUACCCAGACGGAGGCGGAGAGUUUUUUUUUGUUUGUAACUGUAAAUAUGUUAAUCGUUGUUGUCAGUUUUUCAAAAACUUUGCUUUUUUUUACUAAACUUUUAAAAAAAAUAUAAUUUAAUGCAAUAUGUGAUGUCUUUGGGGUGUACAGUCGCUGCAGUGUGAGGCAGGGUGGGUGGGACAUUUACUUGGGGUGGACUGAAUGAAUUGAAUUUAUAUGUGUUUGUGUACAUGUGUUGAUUUUUCCAGUAUCUGAAGAGGGAAAUAAGCCAGAAGACAGUUAGUGUAAAUGAAGACACAAAUGUCUUGUAAAAUACUGUGUAUUUUCAUCUUAAUAAACUAUCUGCCAUCCAUAUGAAUCUAGUUAGUUUUUAUUUAUUUAUUUUUAGUAAGACGUGGCACUGAGAUUACAACAGCAGUACAAACUCACAGCAUAAUACAACAGUGUUACCACGUGUUAAUACAGCAGCAGAUAUGUUGGUGUGCAAUGUCUACAUGUCUUCAUACAUUAGCGUGAUUUUAACAACAGGACUAGUCAAAAAACUAGUCAAACUAAUGCAAUGCUAGGACGAUAAAAACUGUUAUAAUUUUAAAAUGUUUCCAUCAUAUCCCAAAGAAGUAACACUUUAGCUCUUAAAGCUUGCGUUCAUUUCCACUGUAAAAGAUUUAUAAUACAACCAACGUCAUUUUUCUAAAUGGUUGUUAAUUUAAAAAUUAAAAAAAUUAAAUAACUAAAAAAUUACCAAGGGUUGCUAUAAAUGUUAAAGCAAUUUCCUAACUUACAGGCAGCUGGAUGUCAGUAACUUACUGUAAAAAGUAUUUUCAGUAACAUACUGUAUUUUUCAUUUACAGUAAUU